AUGACUUGGUCUGCGCGAGCUCGGACCCAGGUGUCGAGUGUUGGGGAGGACCGAGCCAUCCUGCUGAGCUUCGCCAUGAUGGCCUUCUCCGUGCUCAUGUUCUUUGUGGUCUUCAUCACUAUGGUCCAACCUUAUGUGAACAGUAACUGGGAGGAGGGGGUCCGCUGUGUGCUGCUGCAGGCUGACAUCCUGGAGGAGUGGGUGGACUGCAGAGGUGUGAGCACCGUGCCGUGCCUCAGGGUGACGGUGAACCUCAGCGACUCCAAUCAGAGGGCUCUCCUCCACUUUGACGAGGAGUCUCUCCUCCUCGCUCCUGAGUGUUUUUACGUUCCCAAAUGUCAGACGGACAGAGCAGAGCUGGAGGAUGAAGUACUGAAGGUGAAGAGCAGCCUGGACUCUCAGAUGGGGGUCACCUCGUCGUGCAUCGCUGACCCCUCAGGGCACCCCAGGGACGUCAUCCUAAACAGGAAGUACACCCUGAGGAUCGCUCUGUUUACCCUGCUGUGGCCCGGCCUGAUGCUGGGGGGGGGGGCUCUGCUGGUGGGGCUGGUGAAGCUGACGCAGUGCUUAGCCCACCUCUCCUCGGGGAGCAGUGUGGCUGCAGAGGGCCGGCGUACAUCCAGACACUCUCAGGGGAAACUGUACCGAGAGCUGCGCAGGUCCAGCUCCCAGACGCCUCCCUAA